AUGUUCGCUGCUCGCCGCCUUUGUCUGGUCCGCCCAACUGCGACCCGACGUUUGUUCCACGCCUCUGCUCCUGCCUUUGUUAAAGUAGGAGACAAGCUGCCUGAUGUCGACCUAGUCGAGGGCUCGCCUGGUAACAAAGUCAAUCUCGCCAAGGAGUUGACCGGCAAAGGUUUAAUCAUCGGCGUCCCGGCCGCCUUUUCACCCUCUUGCUCGGAGAGCCAUGUCCCCGGCUACAUCAACUCACCUAAGCUCAAGGAUGCCGGCAAUGUCUUCGUCGUGUCGGUGAACGACCCCUUUGUCAUGAAAGCUUGGGGCAAAAUCCUCGAUCCUUCGGGUUCCAGCGGCAUCCGCUUCCUGGGUGAUCCCAGUCUCAGCUUCACAAGAGCCCUCGACCUCUCCUUUGACGGCGCCUCCAUCUUUGGCGGCGACCGUUCAAAGCGAUACGCCCUCGUCAUUGAAAACGGUGCCGUAAAGGCAGCGCACGUCGAACCCGACAACACGGGCUUAAACGUCUCUGCUGCCGACAAGGUUCUGUACAAGUAGAAGAUCUACACUGCAAAUACGUGUGCGGAGUGAGGCACGAUGAUCAAACAUUGAUGCCUCCCAAGACCGAAGAUUAUGCCGAAGCUGCGUAACACUUUCGACAAGUACGUUUGAUGGAGGAAUCAAUUCGCCGCAACCACCAUGGCAUGUCUGCUCCUCGGGUGAGAGACCACCGGCCAUCGAGAGACUGUGAGUUAUCGUAAUUGGCUCAAUGCAUCACUCUACAUUUGCCCUGCGUUUGCUAAGCUGUUCCUGUAUGGUCUGUAUGGUCUGUGAUGCCAUUCACUAGACUUCCACAUGUUCUUCGCUGAAUCGGUUUUUUUACCUGAUAACUCGUUGGUUGUCCGGGAGGCCAAUGUAGCUAUGUUAGUACUUUGGUAGAGCUUACGUACUUCAUAAUCUCGGCAUUCCUCUACCAGC